AUGAAGCUCUCCAGCAGUGAUGAGACCGAACGGACUCGUGUUGAAGUCAACCUGAACAUGGAUGAGGAGGCGGCCAAGUUGCCGUUGCAUCAACUGCAGGAUGAUGUGCCUGCCACCAAGAGCUUUGGUCAUGUCGUGAUUGUGGCCGUCUUGUCGAUGGUCGUCAACAUCGCCUCGACCAUGGUCGCUCCGGCGAUGGGGGGCGUCGCCAGGGACCUGGAGAUCACUAACACGACCCUGGCAACCUGGCCGUCAGUAUCUAUCUGCUGGGCGGCGCCACUUUCCCUUGGCGGCGGAACGAUCGCCGAUGUCAUUCCGAUCGAGAAACGUGGUGCGGCAGCGGCGUUGUCUGGCCUGGGCCCACUUCUGGCACCGGUUCUAGGACCGGUGAUUGGGGGCUUCGUUGCCGAAGAAAAGGACUGGCGAUGGACCUUUUGGGUGGUCGCGAUCCUCGUAAGGAGGAGCAGCGGCUACGGGGACGCUCGUUUUCAUGCGCGAAACACAUCCCAACACCCUGUUGGAACGGAAGGCCGCACACUUGCGACGCACAACCGGGAACCCUCACGUCCGAUCGAAACUCGAUCGAGGCCUCACAAGGCAGCAGAUCAUUGUCGCCGCUCUCAUACGCCCCACAAACUCUUGAUGUUCUCGCCGAUCGUGCUCGUAAUGUCCAUCUACGUGGCUCUUAUCUUCGGCAUUCUAUACCUUCUCUUUGCCACCUUUAGCAUGGUGUUCGAAGGCCAGUACGGAUUCAGCACCGGCAUUUCUGGUCUGGCCUACCUAGGCCUCGGAAUUGGCGAACUGGCGGGGCUAUUUACAUUUGGCAUCCUGAGCGAUCAGAUUUUGAAGGCGAAAAUGGCAGCGGACAAUGUCCAGGAACCUAAGCCCGAGUACCGGCUGAUUCUGAUGAUGUGGUUCCCGCCAGUCAUUGGACUUGGGUUGUUCAUUUACGGUUGGACGGCAUAUUAUCAGGUGCAUUGGAUAGUUCCGAUCCUUGGGACGUUAAUCGUUGGGUUUGGGGCCUUCUUCGUGGUCAUGCCCUCCCAGCUAUACCUGGUGGAUCUGUUCGGGUCAGAAGCGGCGGCAUCUGCGCUAGGGGCCAACAUUCUCCUUCGCUCGAUGUUCGGGGCCUUUUUGCCGCUUGCUGGGUCGCAUAUGUAUUCGACGCUCAACUACGGAUGGGGUAAUACGCUGUUAGGAUUCCUAGCAUUGGCAUUUGCGCCCGUGCCGAUUCUGUUUUAUCGGUAUGGAGAAUGGCUGCGGAGUCGGACGACACUCAAGCUGUGA